CGAUCAGGGCUGGUUCGAGCUGGUGCGUUGCCAUGGCGACGCGGGCGGGCCUAUAAAUACGGCCUCCCCGGCGCCGGCAAGGCAUUGUCGGCGCGGACGCUGGAGGAGCCACAGCAGCAGCAGCUGCCAUUCACCUGCGCGGCGGCGGCAGCGGCGGCAGAGGGCGGUUCACCACCGGCUCUUUUCCCGGUUGUAGCCGAGGCCUUCGCCCCGUCCGCCCUUUUCUUUUCAUCCAGCUGCCGCGCAGGGUAGAAGGGGCUGCUGCUGCUGUCGAAGAAGGAGAAGCCGAAGCCGAGGCCACGCCGCCAAGUUUGUUACAUCUGAGAAACAUCACACCAAGCAAGAUGAACGGCUUCAGUGGUGAAGAAUUCAGCUUUACUUUCCUCGAUGAAGGCUUUACUGCAAAGGAUAUAGUAGACCAAAAAAUAAAUGAAGUUUCUUCCUCGGAUGAUAAAGAUGCCUUCUAUGUUGCUGACCUUGGAGAUGUUCUAAAGAAACACUUGCGGUGGUACAAAGCCCUCCCCAGAGUUUCUCCUUUCUAUGCUGUCAAAUGCAAUGACAGCAUAGCUGUAGUGAAGAUCCUUGCUGCUCUUGGGGCCGGAUUUGACUGUGCUAGUAAAACUGAAAUACAGUUGGUCCAGAGUGUUGGUGUGCCUCCAGAGCGUAUAAUAUAUGCGAACCCUUGCAAGCAAGUUUCUCAAAUUAAACAUGCUGCAAAUAAUGGAGUGCAGAUGAUGACUUUUGAUAGCGAAGUUGAACUGAUGAAAGUUGCAAGAGCUCAUCCGAAGGCAAAGUUGGUCUUGCGCAUUGCAACAGAUGAUUCAAAGGCAGUUUGUCGCUUGAGCGUUAAAUUUGGAGCCACACUGAAAACUAGCAGGUUGCUGCUUGAGAGAGCAAAAGAACUUGAUCUGGAUAUUAUUGGAGUCAGUUUUCAUGUUGGAAGUGGCUGUACAGACCCUGAGACGUUUGUGCAAGCAAUUUCUGAUGCCCGUUGUGUCUUUGAUAUGGGAGCAGAGCUUGGUUUUAGUAUGUAUUUACUGGACAUUGGUGGUGGUUUUCCUGGCUCUGAAGAUGUGAAGCUGAAGUUUGAAGAGAUAACAAAUGUAAUCAAUCCUGCCUUGGACAAGUAUUUUCCAUCCGAUUCUGGAGUGAAAAUUAUUGCAGAGCCUGGCAGAUACUAUGUUGCAUCAGCGUUCACACUAGCUGUUAACAUAAUUGCAAAGAAAGUUGUAAUAAAGGAGCAAACUGGAUCUGAUGAUGAAGAAGAACAGAAUGACAAAACACUUAUGUAUUAUGUAAAUGAUGGAGUAUAUGGAUCUUUUAACUGCAUCCUGUAUGAUCAUGCGCAUGUGAAGCCAGUUCUGCAAAAGAGGCCUAAGCCCGAUGAGAGAUACUAUUCCUGCAGCAUAUGGGGGCCGACCUGUGAUGGCCUGGAUCGCAUCGUGGAGCUUUGUGCCAUGCCAGAGUUGCAGGUCGGAGAUUGGAUGCUGUUUGAAAACAUGGGGGCCUACACUGUGGCUGCGGCAUCGACCUUCAAUGGAUUCCAGAGGCCAACAAUCUACUAUGUGAUGUCAAGGCCAGCAUGGCAAUUGAUGGAGCAGAUAAAGGAGCAGGGCUUUCAAGCCGAAGUGGAAGAGCAGGAAGUCACUUUGCCGCUGUCUUGUGCCUGGGAAAGUGGGAUUGAACACUAUCCAGCAGCUUGUGCUUCGGCUAGCAUUAAUGUAUAGAUAUGGGUUUAGCUAACCUGUAAGUGUAGGAAUGGAUUUUUUUAGGGCUUUUGGGACCAUUAACUUAAUUCUUGCUAGAGUUUUUAAACGUUUUGGAAAAACUAGGGUGUGUGUAAAUGUAACAGGAUAGGCGACUAGAUGGGGAGGUCACAUUUAUCUGUGUUCCUAUGGAAACUUUGAAUAUUGUUUUAUAUGGAUUUUUAUUCACUUUUCAAGUAUGCUACUAAAACUGAUCCUUGACUGUCAAGCAAGCGUUUGUAGCUUGUAUAUUUGGCAGAAUGGGCUGGAUGUAGUAUUGUGACCUGACUGUUUUACAAUAAAGUAUGUUAAAAUAA